UUCAGUUGAAAACCACCACUAGUCUGUGCCCAUGGCGACCUUCUCCAACGAGGAGCUUCUGCAGGCGCACACCGAGCUCUGGGACCUCACCUUCGGCUACCUCAAAUCCAUGGCGCUCGAGUGCGCCAUCAAGCUCGGCCUCCCAAACGCCAUCCACCGCCGCGGCGGCGACGCCACGCUGCCGGACUUGCUCGACGCAGUUUCCGUCCCGGAGAGCAAGAAGGCGCACCUGCCUCGCCUCAUGAGGUUUCUCGGCGCGUUCGGCAUCUUCACCGCCGACGCACCCGCUGCAGGGGAGCGCGCGAAUGGGGAGGAGGCGGGCGCCGUCUACGGCCUCACGCCGGUGUCCCGCCUCCUCGUGGACGACUCCGGCGCCAACGGGUCGUGCGGGAGCCUCUCGCCGUUCGUGCUCUCCCAGACGACCAAGUACCACGUGAAGGCGGCCAUGCACCUGCCGGAGUGGUUCACGAGCGACGACGGCGCGGCCGCGGCGGAGAUGCCGUUCCGGACGGCGCACGGCGCAGACCUGUGGGGCGUCAUGGACCGCGACCCCAAGAUGAACCAGGUCUUCAACGCCGGCAUGGGGUCCGACACCCAGCUCGCGAUGGACUUCGUCAUCGGCAACUACGGCGACGUGUUCGACGGGGUGACCUCGCUGGUCGACGUCGGCGGCGGGACAGGCUCCGCGGCGAGGGCCAUAGCCAAGGCCUUCCCGCACGUCAAGUGCUCCGUGCUCGACCUCCCCAACGUGGUCAAUUCCGUCCCGCCCGACGGCGUGGUCGAGUACAUCUCAGGCGACAUGAUGAGCUCCAUUCCGGCGACCGAUGCGGUCUUCCUCAAGUACAUCAUGCAUGACUGGAACGACGAGGACUGCGUGAAGAUCCUGAAGCAGUGCAAGAAGGCGAUCCCCGAAUCAGGCGGGAAAGUGAUAAUCGUGGACAUAGUGGUGGGAUCUCCUUUGAAAGCCAUGCUGGAAGCCCAGGUCUCGUUUGAUCUGCUGAUGAUGGUGAUCACGGGAGGCAAGGAGCGCGACGAGCAUGAGUGGCGCAAGAUUUUCAUGGACGCGGGGUUCAGCCAUCACAAGACAAGACCUGUUUUGGGAUUUAUGGCCAUCACCGAGCUGUAUGCUUAGCCCUGCAUGCCUGAUUGCAGCAGAUAUCUGCUGUAACGUGUGUGUAAGCGUUGGUCCUGCGAUGUUCGUCGUGGUUGUGCAGCCCCAAAGUGUCUUUCUGCAGCAACGAUUUGUUCCUACGCCUUUAAAGGCUCCCAUAUUUGUAUGAUCUGUUGCUAGGGUAUAUGCACUUAAUAAACUAGAUGACACCCCGCCCGUUGCUGCGGGAAUUGUAGCAAUUAAAAAAUUGGAAAUUGGACAAAUGAAAAGAUAAUUUGAAUAUA